AUGAAAAAAGUUACCUGGAGACAUAAAAAUACAGUUAUAAUUAAUUUCGUGUCUGGAAAGGUCUAUACAGGCGGCAAGUUGGUACAAUACAGAUUUGGGGAUACAGACAAGGGCAAUUUCUCUUUAGUGCUACCAGAUGCAAAGGAAGGAGGUUACUACGCCUGUGAAGUGGAAGGACAACAACCCAUUACUUUUGACCUGAAAGUAUGGAAAUUGACACAAUCCCCAAGUGGAUACCUCCUGCAGGGAGAGACCUUGCUAUUAGAACUCCAUUCCUCCAACAUGAGUGGCGUAAGCAUCGAGUGGUUUGGCCCCAGCAAAGCCAAAGUUACAGGCAAGGAGCCACGAUGGAAGCUGAAAAGCAAUAACCAGAAGCUGGAGAUAAUGAAUCUGACAGUUCAGGAGGACCAUGGGACCUGGGAAUGUCGCAUCCUGCCUAAUGGGCCCCGAAUCACCUAUAAUGUCAAAGUCAUAGGUUUUUCCAAUGCAUCCGAUGACAUGGCUUUUGCUGCUCUUAAUAGCAGCACGGUCCUUUCAUGCCCAUUGAACACUGACCUUCAGAAGGAACCGGGCAUCCCAGGAGUCCAGGCUUGGAAAUGGAUGAAGAAUAAUAUGAUCCUUGUGGAAAAUCUCAUCCCAAUCAAUUCCAACAGCUCCUUUCCUGUCCGAAAGAUACCUAAGGUCCAGUUUGAGGAUGCUGGAAGGCACCAGUGCAUUCUCACAUUUCCACAUAGGAAUUUGAAAAAGACCAUCCACUUGGUAGUAAUGAAAGUCUCUGCUGGCCGCCUGGAGCUCCCCUCCAAAGAACCAACGGUGACCUUGUGCUGCCACAUCUCUGCGCCGGCCCCUCCCAUGGCUCAAUUGUGCUGGGUUUCUGUGAGUCACGGGACCGCAUGUGAUUCUAACCUUCUAGAAAACAAAUUCUGUCACACGAACACAACCGGCGGACCUUGGAGGUGUGAUCUCAAAGUGAACAACCGUGUGGAGCUCAGUAUGAACUACACUGUGGCGGAGGCCGCUAUACAGAAUAAAUUCCCACAGAUAGAAGUAGCCACUGGAGCUGGUGCAAUGCUGCUACUGUUUAUCGUUGCGUUAGCAUGUGUGCCCACUUGCAAAACAAUUAAGCGGAAAAGGCAAACAGCGAAGAGGAUGACCCAAGCCAAGCAACACUUGCUUGUAAAGAGGACUUGUCAGUGUCAGAGGGAGCUGACAAAUGAUUACUACCAUGAUUGAGACAGAAAGGCAAAGGUGCCAUUGACAUCUGAUCCAU